CGCGGGCUACUGACGACACACCCUCGGCUAGCGCCAGGUACUGCUGUGCCUUCAUCGUGUCAACCGGCGACAGCAGCAGGCAAGGUCGGACGUGUGUGUACCCUGCAUUGCAGCAGCGUUGGGGGGAACGGGGUAGAAGGGCCAAUAACCGGCGCUCUUUGUCCACAACGGGGAUUGUAGGACCGAACAGAAAAAGCGACACAUUAUUAUCGUUGAGAUUUCCCGGAGUUGGUCUCGGAGAGUACGAAUGCAGCGGCGAAGAGAGGUUCAGCGGCAUACUCGCGUGUCUUCGGCGGUCGAGAACGGCCACAGCCAGCAGCAGCAGCAGCAGCAGCAGCAGCAGAACGGAGGAGGACACACUAUGUGCUUGGAGACAGCGUUUAUCAACGGAGGCGGCGACGGCGGCGCCAACUGCCUGCGAAAGUCGACCCGGUUGGGCGGAGCGGCGCACACUGUCAGGUUGCAACUUCGGCAAGCCGUCCGCGCGGGGCGGAGGAAGAGCGCGGUGGGUAUUGCCGCCUACCUGUUCGUGUGCUUGGGCCUUCUCUGGUGCGGCCUGCAGAUUUCCGAGUUUGCCAAGGGCAAGGACGGCCAUGCCGCCACAGCGGCUGCUGCUGCCGGUGAAGGCGCAGAGCGGCGGCAGCUGGCGGCGGCGGCGAGGGCUGACAAUAGUGGGGUGAACCGGUCGGGCGACGUUGGUCCACGCCUUGCGUACGGGAUCAUGGUGUACCAGCGGAAGGGUUACUCGCCGCAGACUACCCUGGACCAGUUCGGCAGGAUGCUGAAGGCGCUGUACGACGAGGAGAACACGUAAGCGAGACCAUUUAUUUUGGCUGGGCGAGAAGGCUGAUUAUAUCGUGAAUACACCUCAGUUCGUUCGUAACCAUGCCAUCGUUUGCGAAUCAUCGUUGUAAAGUAGUUUUGACGCAAGUGUGUGUGGUGUGGACCACGCGGAAAUGCUUCGGACAGGGGGUCUCCCAAGCACUGCUGCAUGUGAUCUCUCCUUCAUAUAUGUACUGCGCGUGUGAAGUGCCAUGCAGCAGUGUAGCUUCACCCUCGCAAAUAUUUGCCUUCCCAAUUACUCUUUCUCUCAAUCCCGCUGUACCUACAAGAUAAUGAUGUAGCUCCUGCUGGAACCACCGACAACAGCCAUAGCCCUUCGUUUGCUCACUACAGGCGGUGAUACAUUUGUUCUACAUGUACGAUACUUGUAGAACCUUCUUGACUCGUUGUCCUGCUGCCUGCUGUCGAGAGAGCACAUUGAUAGAAUGGCGAUGUCGGACGCGCGUGCUGCGAUGGCGAUAAUAAUGAUGACAAUGCGGCCCUUGUACAUGGAGUAUUCGAGCUCUGCAGUGUGUCCGUGUCGACUCUGUGCGGAACAAUACAAUACAAUCAUGGUUGUUCGGAUUCGCGCCUUUCCUCAUCUCUUUUGUGCUUCGGUAGUUGUUGUUUUCUUCACAUCAAGCUCGUGUCAGUUGCUAAUCCCAAAAUCUAGCGAAGACUCGUGGUCACAAAAAUGCUAGAGCCAUCAGAAGAUCUAGAGAACACGCACACAAUUAGCAAGGAAAGGGUUCACAAGCCCGAGGAGGUACACAAUUAAGGCACCCGGGUUAUCCGCGCCAUCUCUGCCGCGUCUCUGUACAAAAUCAGUGACGUCAUAACACACACCCAACACCUUCAUUCAGGAACAAAAAACAACGGAAAAUAAUUGACAACGCAAGAGAUGUUUGUCCGUGCGUCACGGUUCGAUGCCGUCCGCAUGCUCCGGUUCCGCUGCUCCGGUGCCGCUUCUCCGGUGCCGCUGUGGCCAGUCCCAGCACGACCAAACUCGACCCGCUCUGCUUCGUACACGCUCUCGUUGCUGUCCCUCCCAGUCGGUUCCUCGCUUUCGCCCUCGUUGCACUUAGGGUUCUUGGUCUGAAAAUUCUCGCACCGAAGGGUCAACCAGCCCAAUCAGCUCGUCACCACCUGUCCCCUCCUCCUUUGAUGGCAAAACCAGGUUACUGAGACAGUCAGCUCCCUCUUGCAAACCUAGGGCCGUGUACAUAAUGCCCGUCCACCUUUCUGAUGGCGUCUGCCUCCGCGCACAAAGAUAAGAUGGGCAUUGCUGCCUACACCGACGGCCUGGAGGCCCGCGCAUCUGCACCGUUGUACCUUACGCACCAGUGCCGACCCAACUCCACCACUACGCACGCCUCGCGGCGGGUGCGCCGCCACAAGAAGGUAUCGGUCUUGAGGGCUCAACAAGGCAGUUUGGUAGCCAUCUUGUGUAUCAGUCUGUAUGUUAUGUUGGGAAGUUGUAGACGGAAGAUUUAGGGGUACUCGGUUUGUCGGGUGUUGUAUUAUGGCACCCUUAUGUGGUUGCGGAGCAAGCGCGUUUCGGGUUGUGUAUAGUUUCGUCAUCAACUCAUUUUUUGUUUGUGAUGUAUGGGGGCAUGGCGGCGCGGGAGGACAUAUCUACCUUGUGCGUGUGUGUGUUUUCGUCCUAUGUGUAAUGGCAUGUCGUUCAAUGUGAGAAGGGCACGGGAGAACAUUAUCUCAUCGUUGCCUCCUGACGUGGCCGCCGAUAGAGGCGUGUGGUUGGGGUUUCAUCACUGACAUGUGGGUGUGUGUUAAAUCCAGUGGGUGUGGUCGCCUCUCUCGCCCGUGCGUCGGCCGAAGGUAUAGCUACCUUUCCCAUAUAUUUGUAGGCAGCGCGGACCAUAAGUAAAGACAGAGUGCAUCAUUUCAUGCAUCUACAUCAUUUGUAUGUUGCUGUUGUU